UCAGCUGGCUCUCGUACUUGUUUCUAUUGUCAUGAGAUGGGUCAUAUCAUUGCCAACUGUCCCGUGCUCAAGCGGAAGCAAACUAAGCAGCCAGGUUAAAAAGGUUAAUGCAGUAGCGGUUUCAAAAGGCAUCUCGGAGAGUCACUGCCUCAUUGAGCCAAUGUUUAGAUCUUUUGUAUGUUCAGGUUAUGUCUCAUUAAGUACUGAGGAUAUGAAACAGUCUGUAAGAGUACUGAGAGAUACUGGUUCGGCACAGACAUGUGUGUUGGAAAGUACACUACCGUUUUCUGAAGCCUCGUAUGCAGGUAGUGACGUCUUAAUUCAAGGUAUUGGUAUGGAGGUCAUUCGUGUGCCAUUACAUCAUGUAUAUUUGGAAACUGAGAAUUUCUCUGGGCUGGUUAAAGUAGGAGUUUCAGUCAUUCUAGGUAAUGAGAUAGCUGGAAAUAGCGUUUUCAUUUUACCAGAAGUAGUUUCUGAACCAGUGACUGAUACUUCUCAAGUUAGUGACCAGUAUUCUUCUCUGUUCCCUGUUUGUGUCUUGACACGGGCCCAACAAAAGAAGUUUGGUGAUGUAGUUGAUUUGUCAAUGUCCUUCCUAUCUCAGGAGGAACCUUGUAAAAAUGUUAGUGACAACAUUGAGAUGACAAAUGAGAGUAAUAUCUAUCCUGGCCCUGAGGUAGAUUUGCCCAUGUCUCGUGAUCAGUUAAUGUCUGCUCAGCAAUCCGACCCUUCAUUAGGACAGUGUUUUGAGUCUGUCUAUAAUCAGUCUGAUGUUCAGCAGUAUCAGAGCAGGUAUUUUGUGGAAGUUUUGAUGAGGAAAUGGUCCCCUCCCGGAAAUGAUGAUCCUUGGUUGGAAAUAUUCCAGGUAGUGGUUCCUAGUUUGCUGAGAAAUUAUGUUCUCAACUUAGCUCAUGAUCAUCCUUGUUCUGGACAUGCAGGGAUCCACAAGACUCAUCAACGUACCUUGCGUUAUUUCUAUUGGCCUGGUAUAAAGAAUGAUGUUGUACAAUAUUGCUGGACUUGUCAUACAUGUCAGUUAGUGGGUAAACCUAAUCAGGUUAUUCCACCGGCUCCCCGAAACCUAUCAUAGUCAGCACAGACCCGUUUGAAAGGAUUAUAGUGGAUUGUGUUGGUCGAUUGCCUAAAACCCGUUCUGGUAAUUCUUACCUUCUGACGAUAAUGUGUGCUGCCACCCGUUUCCCUGAAGCAUCCCCUAUGCGUUGACUUAAGUCAAAAACAGUGGUUAAGGCCCUUAUCAAGUUUUUCACCACAUUUGGUCUCCCUAAGUGUAUACAAACUGAUCGUGGGACAAAUUUUACAUCAUGGCUGUUCUCCCAAGUAAUGGACACGUUGCAGACUUCUCACCAGUUUUCCAGUGCUUACCAUCCGGAGUCGCAAGGUGCAUUGGAGCGUUUUCAUCAAACUCUUAAAACCAUGCUGUGCACAUUCUGUGUAGAAGCUGGUAAGGAUUGGGAUGAGGGGGUGCCUUUCGUACUAUUUGCUGUACGUGAUGCGGUGCAAGAAUCUCUUGGUUUUAGCCCGUCAGACCUUGUGUUUGGUCACUCUUUGAGGGGUCCCCUGAAAGCCCUGCAAGAACAGUGGUUGGCUAAGUCUUCUCCCCCUUUGGGUAAAACAAUUGUGAAGGAUGUUCGACUUCUUCGUGAGCAUUUAGAGUUAGCAAGAGAGAUGGCAGGAGCUGCAUUGCGCUCUUCACAAGCGGCUAUGAAAGAGCGGUAUGACCAUAAGGCUGUUUCUCGCUCAUUUUGUGUUGGUGACCAAGUCCUGGCGCUAUUACCGAUGCCUGGAUCCUCUCUCCAGACCCGGUUUGCUGGACCUGAUGAAGUGAAGCAAAAGUUAAGUCCCACUAACUAUGUUCUCAGUACGCCUGGUCGUAGACGUAGUACCCGUGUGUCAUAUUAACCUGUUAAAACAGUAUCAUGCGCGGCCUUCGCCAGCGGAGUCCAAACCUGCCCCAGCUGUGACAUCGGUGAUGACCCUCUCUGUAGGUGGGCAGAUUCCUCCUGCUGAAUACUCCCCUGAAGUUGAUGAUUUACAUCUUGUUAGGAACUGUAUGUCUUCCCUUCGUUUAGUGAACUCUGAAGCCUUACAGCAGCUGCCAGGAAAGUUAGGAGGGGUGCCUAUCAUUCCAGGAAGACAUUAAAGGAUUAAUAGGUUGAUUCCAGGCCAGAGUUUGCAACCUGCCCUAGCCUGUCCUGAUCCUGCCCCCCAUAUUGAUGACAUCAUCACUAAUGGUCUAUAUAAAGAGGAAGCAGAAGAAGAAGGAGGAGAGUGUUGUUAGUAGUGGUGGUUUGUUGUUGUGGCGUUGUGAUAGUUGGAUUAUUGUUAUUUUGUGAUUGUUCUGGUAUUGACUUCCGCCUGUUUUUUGACUCUGAGCUUGGUUUACCCUUUGGACUUGUUGCUGUGUUGCACUUUUGUAUAUAUAUAUAUAUAUAUAUAUAUCACUGUACGAUUGUCACUGUUUCACUGGCAGUAGGGGUGUGGCUGCCCUUUUUCUUUGGGAGUGGGUUCCUUUUUCCCCCGUGUGUGUUUGGUAGGGAGUUAGGGAAGUUCCCCUGUAUUUUUCUUUUCUUUGUUUUCAGGUAAGCAUAGUUAUCUCACUGUUAGCCCUUUUUGUUUAUUAUUUUGGCCUGGGCCCACCUUGAAGAGAUGCCUGUGUACUGUUGACUGUAUAUAUACUUUAUAUCUGUAAAUACACUUACCUACAAAUUCUACCUUGUGUGGUUUCUUGUGGUAUUUUUAAAGAGAUCCAAUCACUGAAUCCCGAGCUUUAACACUGUGGAGCCCAACCCUAGACUGGGUUGUAACAGCCAGAAAUUUGAAAGCAUUUCUAUUGUUUAAGCAGUUCGCACAUGCACUUCCUGUACAGCUCUUUGUAGUUAAAGCUAAGGGGAAGUUAUCACUGCAUCAAAUUGUGUUUAAGAUGCAAAUGAGGACACGAGACCUUCACAAAGCAGGACAGAGACAGUAACAGUGUGUAACAGAACAGGAGCCUUAAUAUCUUUCUGAAGUGGAGUUGGUGUGGAGAGCUGUAAGAGUGAAUUCAGGAUGAAGAUCCUCCUCAUCUUCACCUUCUGUCUGAUCUCAGAUGGAGGAGCCUCAAAUGAAGUAACAGGAUAUUCAGGAGGAGGAAUCCUUAUCAAGUGCAAGUAUGAUACAGCAUACAAAGAUAACCAAAAAUAUUUCUGUAAGGUUUCAUGGCCAGUCUGUUCUGUACAAAUAAAGACAGGAGAUAAAAACCAGUGGGUAAAUUCAGAAAGAUUCUCACUGUUUGAUGACACCAAAUCAUCAGAGUUCUGGGUGAUGAUCAGAAAGCUCACUGUACAGGACACUGGGACGUACCAGUGUGGAGUUGAUAUAACUUCAGUGAUAGACAUUUACACACCGGUGAAACUGAAGGUAGAGCAAGGAUCAUUAGUCUCAGUGACUGCAUAUGCACGUGGAGGAAUCAAUAUUAAUUGCAGAUAUGAGGAUGAAUAUAAAAACCUAUCAAAAUCAUUCUGUAAGAUCAGAACACAUCAGUGGUGUUUUAAUAAAAAACAAACAAAACCAAACAGUGAUUGGUCACAUAAUGGCAGAUUCUCAAUUCAUGACAACAGAAGUGCAGGAUUCUUCAGUGUGUUUAUCACAGAGCUUAAUAUAGAGGACACUGGAACAUACGCAUGUGGUGUUGUUGUGUCUGAUAAACUGGCGAUCUACACUGUAGUGACACUGAAUGUAACAGAAGAUCUGUCCCAUGAGAAGUUCAUCAAUAAGACUGUUAAUGUAGGAGAAGAUUUGACUGUCACCUGUAAUUACCCAGAAUUCCUCAGUAGUGACCCCAAAUUUUUCUGCAAGACGGGGUGGCAAGAUGCUUGUUCUUAUAAUACAUCUGUUAAAGAAAAUAGACAGUCUGUAAAUAAUGGGAAGAUGUCCCUGUAUGAUGACAGAGCAAAACAGAACUUCACUGUGAGUAUUAGAGAUGUAACUGAGCAGGACGCUGGUGAAUACUGGUGCGGAGCUGAAAAAGCCUGGACAAGUGAUAAUGGAUUCAAGGUUUAUUUCACACAGAUCAACCUGACCGUUACACUGAUUAACCUGAUAAAUCAACAUGAUUUUCCUUCUUCCACUAUGAUCUCUGUGUCUGUAUGCCUGCUAGUGCUGCUUCUGUUUGGAGUCUCAGUUUCCUUUUUUUUUUUUUUGGUACAAGAUUCAAGGAAAAUCACCUAUAGACAAAAGUUCUGUUCACUGCUCAGGAAACACCAAGAGUAUGAGGAAGCUAAAAAUACUGGAAGACUUUCUGCAUCAGAUGCUGCGAUUUUCACAGUCUAUGCUUCUGCUCAAUUACCCACGAUCCCUUCUAAGCCUUCCCAAACCGUCAAUUCCAACACAAAGUUCCCCACAAGCCCCUGUGAUUCCAAAGUUUACUCUAUUGCUCAACUACCCACAAUCCCUCCUGAUCAGGAUGUCUACUCCACAGCUCAGUUGCCCACAGAUCUCUCUGAUACCCCAGGCAGUGCUGCUCAGGAGUCAUCUGAGAAAUCUGCUGAAGAUCUGAAUUACACAGCAGUGAGUUUCCACACUAACACCACCAACUCCAAUAAUACAAUUCCAGAGAUUAUCUUUAAUAAGGAAGAGCACUUGUGUGACUAUGACACACUCAGUCAUAUACAUUUUGACUAGAUUAUUAUUCAGGGCUUUGUAAUUGGGGCAGAUAUUCUCUGUAUUUAUAUACCUUUUCUUGAUUUUCUAUACUACAUCCACACUAUAUGUGGAGCCGUGACUGCACUGUUAAUGGAAAGUUCCAGUAAAGAUAUGCAAAGUUAUGGUGGUGAUACAGAGUCACCAUUUGACUAAAAAGAAGGCUCCAAGCCCAUACCUGUAGUUUGUGACUAUACUUUAUAUCAGUUGGGUUUAAUUCCUAAUCUUGGUUACUGAUGGCCAGUUAGCCUUCCUUUCUUUUCCAUGCUUUAAAGCAAGACAGUAGAAGUUCUGUAAAGCCUAGCACACUGCUUUGGUAGCAUUUGUUGUUGUUCUCUUUCGUAAAAGCACACUGUAGGUUAUUUUGCUGUGGUUAUAUUUUAUCAUUUUGUAAUUGCAUCUACUUGUAAUGAUUUAUAAAGAAUAACACAUGCAACUGAAUCAUUUAAAAUAUUGCUUUGUAAAAUGAUUAAUGUAGUAAUUACGCACUGUUAAGUUCUGAGGUUUCUGCCUGGAGGCUACACAGUAAAAUAUCUCUGAUUCUGUAUUUCAAUAAAUUUCUUGUGUUUUUAUUUAUGAA